AUGCUGCAGGUCGAGCGACCUCCAGGGCAGCAGCACGUAUCCACCACGCUUUCGAGCAGAAGACAGUGCCGCGUUAGGAUAGCGGCUAGCGGCGACACAUCAGCACACAGCAUGUCGGAGGACAGACUCAAGAUCUCGCUGCGCAGCGGCACCAAGCGGAAGACGAGGCCAGUCAUCAGCGCCCCGAGACAGAUAUCGGCACCGAUCAUCAACAAUGGCCCACCGGACAGUGUUUCGCGGCUGGCGGGAGGAGCAGGGUCACGGCCGGCAGCCGAUGCGCAGGUGGCAGCACGGCCGAGGCCACAGCCGCAGUCAGGAGGAAAGACGUCGGACCUGGUGAAACGGCGGUACUCGACACGGUUCAACGACAUGCCCGGUCACGAGUUUGCCCCUCCGGUGCCGUCGCUGCCGUCGUUUGACCGAUACGAGUCGUCGACCCGAGACCGACGGCAGGGCGGCAACGGGCUGCCAGCAUCACGCGGGCGCGAUGACCGAGGACUGCGCAGCCGCGGCGAUGGCGGUGGGAGCGGACCUGGCGGGUUUCCAGGCGGGUUUCCAGGCGGCGGCAGCAGCGCGCCGAUUCCGGUAGACGUGAAGGCGCUGCGCGACCCGAAGUUGGCGGCAGACCAAUACGUGGCAAACAUGUUGAGCGACGCGUCGGAAGAGGAGAUCCGGCGAUACGAGGAGGCGUUGCGCAAUCUGCGAGCUCGAGCUUCGGCCGACCUGCAACAGAACAUCUACCAAAACCGGUCACAGUUCAUCAAGAUCAGCAAGGAGGCCGAGAAGCUCAAGGGAGAGAUGCGGACGCUUCGGAACCUGAUGGCCGAUCUGAAGACGAACACAACGGCGUUGCGAUCGGCCUCGUCGGCCAGCAAAGGUGCAGACGGGAUGGCAGGCAGCAGCGGUGUCAACGGCGUCGGACUGAGCGGCACAGGGUUCGCGACCGGGCUCAGCAAGCGUGAUAAGCGUAGCUCGGUGGCGGAUCGAUCGGCGUUGUGGAACGCGCAGAUGCAGACGCUGUACAAGACGGUCGAGGGAUCGCAAAAGUUCCUGCCCAUGUCGAUGGGCCGCCACGUGGUGCAGAACGCGGGCCAAUGGAUCGAGCUGGACAACGCGACAUACAAAUCGCGGAGGGCAAUGCAGAUAUUUUUGCUCAACGACCACCUGCUGGUGGCCUCGCGCAAGAAGCGCAAGGUCGAGGGUCCGGGCAGCGGAGGCACCGGACCGAUGCUAAAGCUGGUGGCCGACCGCUGCUGGCCGCUGCUGGACAUUGAGGUAGUCGACAUGGCCGGCUCGGGCGACUCUGGACGGUCGCGGCUGGCUGACGCGAUCAUGGUGCGUGGCGUGGGACAGGAGACGGUGAUCUACCGGACGGAAAAGGGCGAGGACCCCGAGAAGGCGGCGCUGCUGCAGAACAUCCGCAAGGUGGUGGAGGAGCUGCGGCGCAACAUUCAGUCGGAGAUGGAGGCCAACAACCGGGCCAAGGAGACGAUCAACUACUUUGCAUCACGCGAUCCAGGACUGCUGCAAAAGGCCGACCUGCUGGAGACGCUGUCAGACAUCAAGGACAUGCUGAUCGAGGUGGACGGGAAGCAGCAGAACCUGCGAUGGGUGGAGAGCCAGAUGGACGAGCUGGACAUUGACAUUGCACUGCAGCAGUUUGAGCCGUCGGUGGCGCGAGUGGAAAAGAUCCAGGCGCUGGCACGCGGAUUGAAGAGCAACGCGGUGGCCCAGGACUUUAUCGAGUUCAAGGUGGAGGAACGAUCAGCACGGCUGGCGGCGCUGCUGAUCCGCGAGCUGGUCGACACGCACAGCCAGCAGCGCAAGACGCAGCGCAACGUGUCGUGGCUGACGCGACUUGGCUUUGAGGAUCGCGCGCGGGAAGCCUAUCUGGAGGCGCGCAGCGGCACCAUCCAGAAGCGGGCGCGCCAGUGCAUCUUCCAGGGCGACCUGCACCUGUAUAUCUGGGAGCUCUCGUUUGUCUGCUUCAGCGUCAUCCGCAACACCGUCGCCUGCUUCCAGAGCUGCUUUCCGCCGGCUGUCAUGAGCGCCUGCGUCAAGUGGGCCAAGGAGGAGGUCGAGGCCUUUAAUCGCAUCCUGGCCCGCCAGCUGAGCAGCACCGAGCGCGGCGGUGACGUGUGGCAGCGCUGCAUGGACCAGGCCCGCGAGCACGCCAAGAUGCUGGCCGACGUCAGCCUCGACUUUCGCAACCUGGUCGGCCAGGGUCUGGAGAGACCGCAUCGCCGGGCACGCCCCUUGAUCUGCUUCGUCAUCACACCCGGCCACCCAUCCGGCCGUGCUCGUCUCUCUCUGGUCUCGCCCAAGACCGUUCGAUACGCUGAUCCCCGCGCGCUGUGUCGCCAUAGCAUGGAUACGAACAUGGAAGACGUCGGUCGCGGUCCUGCAGAUUUAAUGCCUCCCCCGGUUCUCGAACCCACAACCGUCCCGACAGUAGAUGGCUGGAUCGAAAGCUUGAUGAGCUGCAAGCAGCUGAGCGAGCUCGAUGUCCAGAGGCUGUGCGAAAAGGCACGCGAAGUGCUUCAGGACGAGUCCAACGUACAGCCGGUGAAAUGCCCGGUCACCGUCUGCGGCGACAUCCAUGGACAGUUCCACGACCUGAUGGAGCUGUUCAAGAUCGGUGGCCCGAACCCGGACACGAACUACCUCUUUAUGGGAGACUACGUCGACCGCGGCUACUACUCGGUCGAGACCGUCACCCUGUUGGUGGCGCUCAAGAUCCGCUAUCCGCAACGCAUCACCAUCCUGCGAGGCAACCAUGAGUCCCGCCAGAUCACGCAGGUGUACGGCUUCUACGACGAGUGCCUCCGCAAGUAUGGCAAUGCCAACGUGUGGAAGUACUUUACCGACCUCUUCGACUACCUCCCCCUCACCGCCCUCAUCGACAACCAGAUCUUCUGCCUCCACGGCGGACUGUCCCCCAGCAUCGAUACGCUCGAUAACAUCAGGGCCCUCGACCGCAUCCAGGAAGUGCCGCACGAGGGACCCAUGUGUGACCUGCUGUGGUCCGACCCUGACGACCGCUGUGGCUGGGGCAUAUCGCCCCGUGGUGCCGGCUACACCUUUGGCCAGGACAUCUCUGAAGCUUUCAACCACAACAACGGCCUGACGCUCAUCGCACGUGCCCAUCAGCUGGUCAUGGAGGGCUACAACUGGUCUCAGGAUAGAAACGUGGUGACAAUCUUCUCGGCACCAAAUUACUGCUACCGCUGUGGCAACCAAGCAGCCAUCAUGGAGAUCGACGAGCACCUCAAGUACACAUUCCUACAAUUCGACCCUUGCCCUCGAGCAGGCGAGCCUAUGGUCUCCAGACGUACUCCGGACUACUUCCUGUAG